AGAACUAUAAAUGGAUCCGUUUGUUUAAAGGAUUGGAUCACAAAAUCAAUACUUAUUUCUCUUCCCCAAUGGCUAACAUACAUUUCAUGUCCUCUCUAAUGUUUCUCUUUGUUCAUCUUUUAGCUUCCCUAGUUCACAUAACAGAUGCGCAAAUUGGAGUGUGUUAUGGCAUGCUUGGUGAUGUACCACCACCUCAAGAAGUUGUGGCCCUUUACAACCAAAUAGGUGUUAGGAGGUUGCGUCUCUAUGAUCCGAACCAACAAGCCCUUGAUGCCUUGAGGGGCAGCAACAUCGAGGUCAUUCUUGGUGUCCCAAAUGAUCAACUCCAAACGGUGGCUUCUAGUCAAGCCGAAGCCAACACAUGGGUACAAAACAAUGUGAGGAAUUUUGGGAAUGUCAAUUUCAAGUAUAUCGCGGUGGGAAAUGAAGUGAGCCCAUUAAAUGGAGGCACGUCAGGAUUUGCGCAAUUCUUAUUGCCGGCACUUCAAAACAUUCAAAACGCAAUAUCCGGUGCCGGCCUUGGAGGCCAAAUUAAAGUAUCAACAUCCUUCGACACCGGGAUACUCGGAAAUUCAUUUCCUCCGUCAGAAGGAGUGUUUAAGUCCGAGCUUGGAUCCUUCUUGAACCCUAUCGUUCAAUUUCUAGUUAACAAUGGUUCUCCCCUUCUUCUUAACUUGUACCCUUACUUUAGCUACGUGGAUAACACUGGAUCUAUUAGUCUAGAUUAUGCUCUGUUCCAAGCCCCUUCGGUCGUGGUUCAAGAUGGUCCGAACGGAUAUAGAAACUUGUUCGAUGCCAUACUUGACGCGGUCUACUCGGCCCUUGAGAGGACCGGGGCUGGGUCAGUGCAGAUCGUCGUGUCUGAGAGCGGGUGGCCUACGGAUGGAGGAACGGCGGCAUCAACUGAAAACGCGAGAAUUUACAACUCGAACUUGAUUCAACAUGUGAAGGGAGGGAGUCCAAAGAGACCCGGGGGGGCCAUUGAGACAUACAUAUUCGCCAUGUUUGACGAGAGUAGGAAGGAUCCGGAGAUUGAGAAGCAUUUUGGCUUGUUUUUCUCUAACAAGCAGCCUAAGUACCCGAUUAAUUUUGCUUAAGCAAAUAGGACUUAUUAAAUAAGGCCAUUAAUAAUCCAAAAUGAAUAAUUUCUCUAGCUAUUGUGAUGCAUCCCCUUUUGAGGUUGGGGAAAAGAUAAAUUAAAUAAAGUGAUGCCAUAUAUAUACCACAUCAAAGAUCAAUGCAUGCCCAUGUUUUGUUAUGAAUAUAUUUGAACUUCUAAA